GGCUGAUGCCCCCGUGUCUCUGUAUCUCAGGAAACUGGCUCAGCAAGAACUACUGUAUUCCGUGAGAGAGACUCAAUUACUGUCGGAGAUCAAGGUGCUUGAAAUGAACAAUACGACAAUGACCACGGAACAGCAGAAAAAUGAGGAUUCUUACAAGACUCAGGUGAGCAAGACCAGCUCAUCUUACUGCAGUACGUGUCUCCUUUACCAGAAUCACUCUUCUCUAGUGUUAUGCAUUUUUAUUCCUUAUUGUAUUGGUCUCGAGACUAACUUUACUCACACAGUCCUUUUCCUUGUCCAUUAAAGAUAAAAGAACUUGAAGAACGGUUUUCAGAUUUGGAAAAUUCUCUCAGCUCUUCCAACUGUGAAAAUCAAAUGCUAAAGGUGAGAAGCUGAAAAUUCAUGCACCAACAUUAUCAAUAGCAGCACAAUAGCUUUGAACAGUUUGAAAAUUGUGAAGUUUGUAUGUGAUUCACAGCUGAAAAAGCCAAGUGUUCACUAUACAGCACUUUCUUUUUACGCACUUUCUCAUUUCACAAAGGAAUCUUUGAAGGACUAUUCAAAGACCAGCAUGAAUUCAGCUGAAGAGAUUUGCGGUCUUCAAAAAACAUUGGAGCAGGAGUGUCGGAUGCAUGAAGACGAGAUAAAAUCAUUUAAAAGCCAAAUGGAGAGCAUGACCGACAAGAUGCAAGAGAUGGAGAGCACUCUAAAAAAGGAACUGGCUCAAAAGGAAGCCACAAAAAAUGAGACCAAAGAGAAAUUUGAUGAGUACAGAGAAAGCAUCCAUAAGGUCACAAAAGAUCGCCAGAAUUUUCUGAAAGCUGAGAUAAGAUUUCAUCAGAACAAAGCCAAAGACACUUUAGUGGCUUACCGUGAGUCAGAAAGAGCACUGGACAGGGAGAAGAACAAAACAGCCAUUCUACAUAGGAAGCUGGAUGAGCUGAACAAAAAACUUGCCGAAAACUCUGGGAAAUCUCAGAUGCCUCAGGAAGCUCAGGCACCUCUUCAUGAAAAAGAUGUUUCUACUCACAGCGGGCAUUCCUAUGGUCACAGCGGGCAUCCGUCUACCCAGAGCGGUCAUCCCUCCACUCAAAGUGGUCAUCCUUCAACUCAAAAUGGUUGUGCCUCCACUCAUCGCUCAACUCAUUGUGGUCAUCCCUUAAAUUCAAUGAGAUGGGCUGUGGAUCAGGACAGGGACAGGAGACAGUGGGAUGAGGGACGGCCCACUUUCAGAGGCCGCAGAGGAUACCAGAAGAACCCUGCUCCUUUCAAUCGAUAAAAAUUUUUUUUUUUUAAAUGUUGGGAUACAACUCCUCCUCCAAGUACAUUUUUAGUUUAAAAACUGCAAUGAUGACUAAUAAUUUUUUCUCUAAAUUUAUAAAGUUCAAAUCACCAUAUUUAAUAUUACUUGCUUUGGAAUUGCAAUUGCACGGUUUGUCUGAAUUGUUGUGGGCUAGAGUAUUGUUUGUGACACAAAUGUGAUAGAAAAUUAUUCCUAAUGUGGAGGACAAAUAUUAAAUAAAGUUCCCUUUAAAAAAUGAGCCGGUCUCAUAUGCAGACAGAAAUCCACCUUAAAGGACACUGAUUUCAGAUGUGUAUUUAUUUAUUUAUUUAUUUAUUAACCUUUACUUAUACAGGGUAGGUUGACUGAGCAUGCAUGCUCAUUAUACAGCAACGCCCUGUUAACACCCCUUGUGGAGUGGGCUGUAGGCUAUAGCUAUUGUGUCCACAACCCAGUGGUCCAGAUGCUACUUAGACACGGCCUGACACCACAUAGAAUCCAUGUAGCAGAGGAGCAGAUUA